AUGGGCUGAGAAGUCGUUCUAGCCUCUCAGAAUAAUGUCCACGACCAGGGCGGACCAGGAAACACUCAUGCAGUGGGAGGGGGGUUAUGGUGGCAUUCAUAAACCCUAACAUCACAAGAUGUUUUAGACAAGUCUCAGAAAGCAGAAGUAAAUGUAUCUGCCUGUAGGGCAUUGGGGACAUCUCUAAACUGUAAGCGUUGUGGCUUUUAUUUUACCCCUCGUAAGAGAGGUCCAUUUGGACCUCAGCCUUCACAGAAAUGUACAACAACGGCUACACUCAAUCUAAGCUUGGUGCGAGUGCCAAGAAGAUCCACAGGGCCAAGGGCAAGAGUUGUGGCUACUACAUGAAAAUUGUCUUCUUUUUCUCCUCACUGAUCCAGACACUGAUCAUUGUCAGCCUGGUUCUUUUUCUGGUCUACGGGCAACCAGAUGAGUCUGCGGCAGAGAAAAGACUGCAAGUGCUUGACCCAAUGCACAACCAGCUCAACAUAAGAUACGGACACCUUCAGGAGGAGACCAGAAAUCUUACCUGGAAACUGAACAUAACAAAUCGGGAACUGGAAAUUGUGCACAGGAAUAUGACCACCCUACGGAAAUUGGCCAAUGAGUCUACUUCUAUCAUCACAACUCUUCAAAAGAAAGUUUUUCAAUGCCAAACGUCUCCAACACCAACAUGUAAUUGCCCAAGAACGCCAUUCCCGCCAUCUACUCAAUCAAAUGGCCAGGUAAUGGCUCUACAAUAUGAAAACAACCAGCUGAAAAGAUUGCUGCAAAUUGUGCAAGGAAAUUUUUCAGAAACUUUUCAAGUUUUGAAAUUGGAACUGGACAGUGAAAACAAGGAAAGGGAAUCUCUGAGGCUAGAGACAAUCAAACUACGGCAAGAGAAGUCCUCUGUUGAGAUGGAGAUCGAAUUGUUUAAGAAGAAGUGUGAGGAGGACUUCAUCAAAUCUUUGGAGGGAAUCCCAGACAUCGCCAGGGCAUUCCGGCAGAAGAUUGAAACCUUUAUCCCACAAUUGCUCCCUUUCCACAUAACCUGUGCCAAGCAGCAUGAUCAGCUGGUGCAGAUUCGGGAUAAUUGCAGUAGCCUAUCAACGGAGGUGGAGAACAAGUUUCAGCUUUACUUGAAUGACGUUGGAUACAAAGUUUCAGCCACAGCUCACAAAGUGACCCAUCUCGAGGCAAAAACAAUACAUCUGGAUAGGAAUCUGAAGGAAUGCAAACAGAAUCUAAGUUCAAUGGAAGAAAAGAAUAAGAAACAUUUUAGAGAGUCCCAGCAGAGUCAUGACAAGGACAUGCAAAAAGUUCUGCUGGAGCAAAGGAAACUGCGCGGAGCGAAGGAGCUGAUGGAUGAAACCCUUAGGUUAAAGGAAUCAGAAAUCAACAUGCUAAAAGAAAAGAUAAACACCUCUCUGGCUAACUGUGCACACAGGCCGCCACCACCAAAGCCUUUUCCGGGGAAUUCAUUUCCAGCUGGGGUUGGAAUAGGAACAGGAGUAACUGGGAUGGGGAAUACAGGAUCAAGUGGAUCAAGCUCUGGGAGAUUCCCAACAGGGGGAGGGCCAAGUAUUCCUGGGUCUGGCAGAUCAGCAUUAGGUGGAACAGGAUUGGGUUCAGGGCCCUUUGGAGCAGGCGCUGGUAAUGCUGGGGCCUUUGGAACAGGCGCUGGUAAUGCUGGGGCCUUUGGAACAGGAGCUGGUAAUGCUGGGGCCUUUGGAGCAGGCGCUGGUAAUGCUGGGGCCUUUGGAACAGGCGCUGGUAAUGCUGGGGCCUUUGGAGCAGGAGCUGGUAAUGCUGGGCUGGCCAGAACAGGGGUUACAGGAGGAAUGGGAUCAUCAGGUUUAGGAGUAGGAGUAGGUAGAACAGGAGUGGGUGGAGCAGGGUUACCCUCAUCUGGUAGUAUGGGAUCAACUGGAGCUGGAAUAAACACAGGCUCUCUUGGAACAGGAGCCGGUAGAACAGGAGCAGGUGGAGCAGCGUUUGGUGGAACAGGGUUUGGCUCAUCUGGAGGUAUGAGAUCAACUGGAACAGGACAUGGUGGGUUUGGUUCCGCUGGCAGUAUGGGGCCUAGUGGAGCAGGAGGCAGUCGAGCUGCAUCUGCUGGAACAGGGUCUAGUACUGCAGGAUUGGGGAACAUGGGCUUUGGAGGAGCCGGAUCCAGCAGAACAGGGCCGAGUGGGACAGGGUAUGGAGGGACCGGGGUAGGAGGCACAGGUGGGUUUGGAGGGACUGGCUCAGCAGGAACAGGAGCAGGUCGAACUGGGUUUGGUGCAUCAGGAUCUGGACGAGCAGGGGGGGUUGGCAGUACAGGGAUGUACGGAGGAGGCUUUGGCGCCACAGACAACAUCGCAAAUCACUUGAGAGAGCUCCAGAAGUGGCAGUGAGCUGCGUAGAGGUGUCAAAUGAGGAGUUCCCCACAGAGGAGAGUUCUACAGUGGUGAAAUGGUGAAACUUGGGUAUUAUUUCCACAUUACUUACAGAAAUAUACAGUGGAUGAAUCAAAACCUGAGCUUCAACAAAAACUAUGUGGUUGUAAUAAUUACCCCAAAUGUGUACACUACUUUAAGCCUGUACAUUUGCUUUGCAGAUUGUGUUGCAUUUUCUUGAGAGAUGUUAAACAAUCUGUCUAAAAUGUAUAUAAAUAUAUAUUUCAUAUAUAUAUAAAGAAUAUUGCAAAAUAAACAGUAAUGUUGUAAGCUGAAAAUGCACUCCACCAUGGUGUUCAUGUGUUGUAAAGCACAAUGCAUUCUGAUAUCUUCGAAAGAGGUACUGUUGAUAAUCUGUUAUGUUAAGUGACUACAUACCCCUUUGUAAAUUCUAUUGUCUGUUAUACCACGAGAGUUUUAACAUAUGGGUUUUAAUGAUUUAUCACACUACUUACAGUAUAUCCAAAAUGCUUCACAUAAGUGUUUUCUUAACUGGCUUUGGCAUUAGUUAACAUGAACCCUUAAUUUCAGCAUCAAUAUAACAUAUGGUAAAUUCUGAAGUAUAUGUUUUUUUUAAUGUUGACAAAUGAAUGAAAUGUCAAUACACAGUCAACUUUAACAAUCAUUAACUCUAAUAUGAGCAAAAAUUAAAAGUGCAACAUGUGUUUCUUGCUGUCAAAAAGACAAUGUGAUUCUGAAAACAGAACCAACAGACACUGCUUGUUUCCUGCACUUUAAAGCAUUUCUCAAAUCUGUCUGGACUUGGAUAGGAUUCAAACAAAAUGCAUUUACACCUGAAACUAGAAUAAUGACAUUAAGAAUGACUUUUUGCUGUUCCUUCAUUAUGAUUACUGUAACAUUAUGUCAUUAUGGUCAGAGGGGAAACAGCAAAUAUAAAAACAUUGAAUCACUAAUAUUGAAUAAUGUUUUAAAUUUUGCCUGGGUUGCAUUACUCAUCAGUGACUGAAGAUUGUUUAAUAAAAUAUUAAUAUUCAAAAA